AGGCGGGGGGAGGCAGCGGUGGGCGCGACGUCGGCGGCGGCGGCGGCGGCGGCGGCGGCAGCUGCAAGUUGGGCUGCAGGGGCAGCGCAUACACUACAAUGGCUGCUGGAAAGAGGCGUAAGGAAACAAUUUCCAGGCCCGCCGCGUCCAGCCCGAAAUAUGAGAAAAAAAUUAUUAGAAAUUCCGCGGGCGGUGUAGAGGCGGCGGACGGGCCGGAGGGAGGAUGUUAAAGCCCCGCGGUUGCCUCUUGGUGCUGCCUUGGCCGUAUUUGGCACCCAGAAUGCUUCAUUCUGUGACGGUCUAUUAAUAAGGUUGCCUUGCUAGAGUUUGGAGCAGGGCCUCAGAUUGGCCAAAAUGGGAAGGAUUGGAUUCCACUCUCUUCCACGAAGAGUCAAUGGGACUGGCUAAGAUCAAAGUCUGAGGCUUUUUCCAUCUGUAAUCAGUCCCUUUUUGCUUUCUUUUACGACCACAUGAAACUUGAGAAGCCACCUAAAGCUAUAUCAUUUAGUGGAGUUGGGCAGUUCCCAAGUGUCCAACAAGAAGGCCUGGUUUAGGCUGCGAUGGCCACUGUCAUUCCUGGUGAUUUGUCAGAAGUAAGAGAUACCCAGAAAGUCCCUUCAGGGAAACGUAAGCGUGGUGAAACCAAACCAAGAAAAAACUUUCCUUGCCAACUGUGUGACAAGGCCUUUAACAGUGUUGAGAAAUUAAAGGUUCACUCCUACUCUCACACAGGAGAGAGGCCCUACAAGUGCAUACAACAAGACUGCACCAAGGCCUUUGUUUCUAAGUACAAAUUACAAAGGCACAUGGCUACUCAUUCUCCUGAGAAAACCCACAAGUGUAAUUAUUGUGAGAAAAUGUUUCACCGGAAAGAUCAUCUGAAGAAUCACCUCCAUACGCACGACCCUAACAAAGAGACGUUUAAGUGCGAAGAAUGUGGCAAGAACUACAAUACCAAGCUUGGAUUUAAACGUCACUUGGCCUUGCAUGCCGCAACAAGUGGUGACCUCACCUGUAAGGUAUGUUUGCAAACUUUUGAAAGCACGGGAGUGCUUCUGGAGCACCUUAAAUCUCAUGCAGGCAAGUCGUCUGGUGGGGUUAAAGAAAAAAAGCACCAGUGCGAACAUUGUGAUCGCCGGUUCUACACCCGAAAGGAUGUCCGGAGACACAUGGUGGUGCACACUGGAAGAAAGGACUUCCUCUGUCAGUAUUGUGCACAGAGAUUUGGGCGAAAGGAUCACCUGACUCGACAUAUGAAGAAGAGUCACAAUCAAGAGCUUCUGAAGGUCAAAACAGAACCAGUGGAUUUCCUCGACCCAUUUACCUGCAAUGUGUCUGUGCCUAUAAAAGACGAGCUCCUUCCGGUGAUGUCCUUACCUUCCAGUGAACUGUUAUCAAAGCCAUUCACAAACACUUUGCAGUUAAACCUCUACAACACUCCAUUUCAGUCCAUGCAGAGCUCGGGAUCUGCCCACCAAAUGAUCACAACUUUACCAUUGGGAAUGACAUGCCCAAUAGAUAUGGACACUGUUCAUCCCUCUCACCACCUUUCUUUCAAAUAUCCGUUCAGUUCUACCUCAUAUGCAAUUUCUAUUCCUGAAAAAGAACAGCCAUUAAAGGGGGAAAUUGAGAGUUACCUGAUGGAGUUACAAGGUGGCGUGCCCUCUUCAUCCCAAGAUUCUCAAGCAUCGUCAUCAUCUAAGCUAGGGUUGGAUCCUCAGAUUGGGUCCCUAGAUGAUGGUGCAGGAGACCUCUCCCUAUCCAAAAGCUCUAUCUCCAUCAGUGACCCCCUAAACACACCAGCAUUGGAUUUUUCUCAGUUGUUUAAUUUCAUACCUUUAAAUGGUCCUCCCUAUAAUCCUCUAUCAGUGGGGAGCCUUGGAAUGAGCUAUUCCCAGGAAGAAGCACAUUCUUCUGUUUCCCAGCUCCCCCCACAAACACAGGAUCUUCAGGAUCCUGCAAACACUAUAGGGCUUGGGUCUCUGCACUCACUGUCAGCAGCUUUCACCAGCAGUUUAAGCACAAGUACCACCCUCCCACGUUUCCAUCAAGCUUUUCAGUAGGAUUCUGGGACAUGGAUUCAUUACAGAAAUGUAUGUGUAGCCGUGCCCUAGAUGACCAUUUUUAUUUUAGUGCCUACUUUAAAACAGUAUAAAAAUUUCUGCUUUUGUAUAAUACAAAUUUUCAUUAAGCCAGUAUAAAAUAGAAACUAGCUUUUAAAAUGAGCUUUGGAACCAUUUGUGUUCAGUUAAGUUUACCUGGGUAUUUUGUCCUGAUUCACUGCCAAUUGUCAUAUUUUAAGACUUUUUUUUUCAUAUAGGAAAGCCAUUAUUAGUAGUAAACUUUUACAAAUCCCAUUUUCAAAUUAGUUUUAGAUCUUAAAAUUUUCAUUUUUGUCUAAUAACAGUGGCUCUACCUUUUGACAUCUGGCUCAUUAAAAAAUUUAGCAAUAGAAUGUAAAUUGUAUAAAAUGUUUGUGAAUAACUCAAGGGUUUAAAUUUUCUUACUAGCUUCUAAAUGGAUUAAUAAUCAAGUGCUUCAAAUGAAUUAAGAGUCCAGUUUGGGAAGAUAACAAAUGUUUGUUAGAUACACCAUAAUUUCAGAUCAGUAUAUUCUGAAGACUCGCUAUUGUCUGGCUAAAAUAUUUGCCAUCUUUAUUAUGAGCCUUUAAGGAAAACAAACCCUAAACACAAAGCAUCAGUAUUUAUAGCAAAAAGAGACUCUUUGUUAGGUGACAUGGCAUUUCGUGUCACUUAAUAGUUGGCCCUAAAUUAGUACACGGGAUAUUUUGUUGUGUUUCAUCCUUCCUAACAUGCUAUCUUUUCAUUUAAUAAUAGUAGUAGUGUAUGGCAUUGGGGUCUUCAGAGUCGAUAUAUAGGUAGAUCUCUUUAAUCUUUUCCACCUUUCACAUCCAAGGGGUGGGUCAAGUGCAGCCAGCAAUUUAUUUUCAUUGUUGGUCCACAGUUAGUCCAUAAUCUGGAGCCAUUGUGGAACUGCAGCCAUGAGGUGUGUUUAUCCCACAGUGGAUUGACUCAGCCUCUGUGGGUGACAGACUUCUAAGCAGGAAGAUAGACGUGAAGCACAUGGUUACAUUUGGGAACUUGUCUAGGGAUCAUGGCCCCUGUAGCCAGGGUUAAAAACUGGACUUUUUAGAAGUAAAGUAAAAGCAUAUCGCUUAUAUCAUUUCUUGCUCAAUGUGAUACGUUUUUCUUUCCCUUAAGAACCAAAAGCAGAAAACAAAAACAACAGUCCUACUCCCAUGUUAUCUUCCUGAUUCAAUGUGAAUCCAUCUGUCUUUGCAAUAUUUUGGAUGGAGAAUUUGAAGUGAAAUGCAUUAGAAAACUACCUGAGGAACUACCACAAAGUUUUAAGUGACUAGAAAUAUAUACAGUAAAAUCCCACUUUCAUGCAUCUCUGGGAAAUGAUAGGAGUGUUGCAAAUAAGUUGAGUUUGUAGAGGGUAACAAAGUAAAGUAAAACAAACCUGUCUUGGUUAACAUGAAAGUAACAGUUGAGAAUAUAUUAUAUUCACUGAAUAAUUAUAGGCUUUUCCUCACGUUAGACAACCAACAUAAUCUUCUUAAAGGUCUAAUUAAUAUAUUUUUCUAAGGGUCAGUUGGGACAUUAACCUAAGAAACAUAUCUAUUAAGCACUUGUUAACACCUUAUUUUGGGACCAUCUCCACUGGGGAUGGGGGCAAGGGUGGGAGGUUUUUAGAAGAGUAUAUAUCUCUUUAAAAAAAACAAAAAUAUUUCUGAGCACUCAUUAGCCCUAUAUGGAAACUUCUUUCCUUUUUCUAGGGCCAGUUAUCACUGCAGAUUGCAAUGUUUACCAAGAAUUUCUAAAAAUGAGUGCAGAUUACUGAAUAUAAUACGUUAUUUAAAAUAUUUGGGAGUAGUAUAAUUUGUGGAGAAAUGUAAAUUGUAAUAAUGUAAAUGGGGGCUUCAAUAUAUAUAUAUAUAAUACACACACACACACACACACACACACACCGCACUUCAUAGAAUCAAAGUUGCUCUCUGAAGGAGCUUUGACUCCUGAUAUUUUAUCAUGCUCCUAUUUUUUUUAAUCCUAGGAGCAGUAGUUUUUAUACUUAUGUAUUUAAAUUUUAUUAUGAAAAAUUACAUUUAUUAAAAAUGUGUGUUCCAAAGGCAUUAAAAUUAUAUAUGUUAAUAAGGAAGUACAUUUUUAAAUUUCUCAAACUGCUCCUAGCUUUUAGUUAGGAGAAUAUUUGUUCUGAAAGUAGGCUUUUCGCUCUGCUUCAUUACUGCUUCCUUUAGUUUCUAUGAAACAGAUUGCUUACCUAAAUCUUUAGUUGAAUGAUUAGUGUUCAAUAUUGCUUUAAUCACCAUAUAAAAGGAAAAAAAUUGGUGACAGAGCACAAAUAGAAAACCUAUUUUUAAAUAGAAAUCACAAAUAGCAAGUGUGGAAGCACUACUUUAUCUGUUUAAAAUGUACUUAAGAAGUUAUCAAAUUAGUGAACUGAGACAUUGGCCUUAGUAGGCUGUAUUCACUGCUAAUUUAAAAAAGGGAGUACCAGGAUUUAUUAAGUAAAGCAUUUUGGAAAUGGGGAAUAGCGCCAUAUAUGUAUAUAUGUGUAUGUAUGUGUGUGUAUAUGUAUAUAUAUGUGUGUGUAUAUGUAUAUAUACACACACACACACACACUUAAAUCUUGCCCUGCGUGAAAUUCAAAUACAUGGAGGCACAUCUUUCAGGGCACCAGUGUUAAAAUUGUGGAGUCUUAAUUUUCAUGUGUACACCUCUUUGCCUGUUCCCGCCCCCACAGACUUGAAAUAACACUUCAGAGUAAGAGGGAAUUCAGCUAAUUUGUCUUUAAAAUUGACUGUAGUGGUCACUAAACCCUUUUUGAGAGAAUUUCUAUUAAAGAUGAGGCAGACUCGCUUAUUUGAAUUGCACAAUGUUCUAACAAGGAUGUAACACAGAAUUGGCAUUUUUUCCUAGAAAAAGAUUGUUUAUUUCUAUGUCAACAAGAUAUGAUUAAAAAUAAAUAUUGCCAAUGCUGUUUUCAUUCUCUAGUGGCCAGAAUCAUUAUCCUUGAAAUUUCUGGUAGUGCCUUAGCUUGGUUAAAAAAAAAAAAAAAAAAAAGGGAUUAACAUUAAAUAAAAGUAGUUUAGAAUUUGGACCUCAGACAAGAUAUUGAACCUCAUUCAGUUUCACUUCCACAUGUGUGUACAAAUUAGGUCACCAAACACGGAAGUGUGAGUGUGGAAGGAUCUUGGCACUGUAAGCAAUGCUAUCCAUUGAUGUAUACAAGUACCUUUAUAGUUAUCGAUCACUGUCAAAACUUUCAUUUUAAAAUCGUAUUACCACGUUCAGUUUUUUAAAACUUCAGUUGUCCUGGCUGAUUAUGCAUCACUCUGUGUGCAACUUUUUUAUUUCAUUUAAUGUUUCUUUCAAGAUGUGUAUUUUUGCCUAUUUGUUGCUUGUGCUUUAUUUUUCUUAGUCAUUUGUGGAAUAUAGUGAUAUAUUGUGUUAAUUUGGACAGUAGCGGUUUUUAAAAACCAUAUACUGACUGAAACAUGAGCCAGAGCCGAUUGCUUUAUUAAGCUAAUAAUGAAUGUUAAAGAGUACAUAUUUUCAGGAUCGUUCAUCUAGUGAGCAAUACACAUAUUAUAGGCCAAUAUUUUUUUAAAAAAUAGAGCUUGGUCAACCUCUAUACUACACAUAUUACAAGAUAUAGCACUUUCAAAAUGAAUCUAAACCUUUACAGAAACUUUCUUAUAGGUUAUGCCUUUUAUUUUAAGACUUAUUAUAAUUCAAGUGCCAUUAGAUGAUAUAUAUGUAGGCCUUUGAUAUAUAAUGCUUUGUGUACAAAAAUGGUAGAUGGUAUUUUAAACAGGUACAUUUUUACAGUGUUUUCUUAUCAAUUUGCUAUAUUGCACAGAAUCAGUGUGUGUCUUUUCAUAAGGUUUUACAAUGGUUUAUUUUUUUACAAGGUUUACGCGUCUCAAAGCACACUGUCUUCCCAGUACGUAAGUUAAAAAAUACCAGUUCACCCAAGUUGCUUCUAGCCUACUGAGAUCCAUGUGACAUUGGAGGAGAUCUUUUAAAUGUUUAGUAUUCGUCAUUAGCGAUGGCUGGCUGUUAGUUCUGGUAAAUGUGUGCCUAAGUUGAAUUUGUCUUGUUUUUCUCACACUGUGUCAGCAGCCAUGUCUACAACACAGAUAGUCUGUUGUGAUCACACAGAUCUACAUAAGUUGUGUAGUUUUGUGCUAAAAGCCCAUAGGCAGCUCCUUUGGGAUCAUAGAAAAGAAGAUCAUGUGAGCAGCAAUGGUGAAGGCACACUGAGAUUGCACUUAGGGCCUUUCUAUGAUGUUGUCAACCCUCUGAGGAUGGAAGGCAGUGUCUUUUGAUGUUAUCUAGCCUAGAAAUGACACAGAACUAUUGCUAAUGUAUAAAACACUUCAUUGUAUAAGCUUCAGUGGUACAGAUGAACCAGAAUGAAUGUUUAUGUUCUCAGAAACACUCCUUCAAUAUUAUGUUGGAUCAUGCUGCUAAUGUAACUUGGGCUACAACUCUUCAUGGUGCUACAAACUUCUCUGUCUCAUGCAGUCGUAUUUUUUUAUCCAUAGAAAAAGGACUACAUUAGGUGUAAAAGUGUACAAUAUAUUUUUAUACUGUGACUUAAUUUGUCUUUAAACUUUUACACCACCACAAUGUAUUCAUGUGCACUUGCAAAAGGAGAUCUCGGACAUGCAAAUGUUACCAGAACAAACCCAGCAUUUGUCCACAAGGUGACUGUAACUCAGAAUGGAAAGUGGGCUUUAUAAUAGGGUGUGGAGUGAAGAACAUGCUGUAUGUUACUAACAGCCCUUUGAAUUUAACAAAAACUGGGAAUCCAUUAGGAAACGGAUUGCAUCAUACCUGAACAUAAGCUGGACUGCUGAAAUUGUAUUUUUAGCUAAUGAAAAAGAGUUUGGACUAGUAUUCUAAAAAUGUUCUAAUGAUAAAAUUUUGAGUCAAAAUAGAAAAGAAAAAAAUCUGCAUUCCAGGCCGAAUUUUGUAUAUUUUUAUUGCAUUUAAAAUUGCUAUUCUGUAAUAUUGGGAAAUCAAGUGGCUUAUCGUGUAUAUCAUGUACUUAAAAUGUAUUCACAAACUACUGUUGUAUUUGUAUAAAAUAUAGACAAAGAUCAUAUUUUUUGUGUGUGUAUAAGCUCUGUAAAAUAGCAAUCACAUUAUGAAGCUGCAGUGAUACUACAUUUUAAACAUUCACAUCCAAAGAAGCAGACUAUUUAUUGUCCAUAUACCAGAUUUAAAAUAUUAAUUUGCUGCUAAUUAAACAAUAGUACUGCAGCUUCUUGUGGCCUACAGUGUUAUGUUUGCUGUAAGAAUAAGAUAUGUGAAUUCCACAAAAUAUAUGAAUAAAAUUAUAGAAUGGCUUUAGAUAA